GCAAAAAACGACUCAAACACACGUGGAAAGACGUUUUAUUGCAAGCAUAUUGACCUGUAAAGCGUUUGGAAAGAAAAGGAAUAAGAUAAAACAAUUUUCUUUGACUCCACACCCGACACCAUAAACCAGUGCUGCCUGAGCUCCUUCCAUUGCAAGCUGGGGACGAAGUCAGUCGGCAGGUUGUUAGUGGUCCCUCACUUUCACUUUCGGAGCAGUCGUUCGCCGUGGUCGAAACGUGCGCAAUCAAAUUCAACAUGGCGCCUGCAAGCAGUGAAGAUGAUGACAUGGAAGACAAAGUUGUUCAUGAGGCAAGUACAUAAAUACGUUUUUGCUUGCAACUCCUUUCUAUGAAGCUACCACAAAGUAACCCAUCAAUUGACUCUUUUUUAACAAGUAUACUGGCACCUUAAGCGUGUCAAAGUUGUUGAUGUUUAUAACAACGUGCAGUCAUCAUUGCGAAAACGGCCUGUUUACAACCGGGACAGCCGGAUUAUGUACACAUGAUCCGAUUAUGUUUUUUUUGCACUGGUUAUGUAGUGGUGACCGGAUUAUGAACGCUGAUAUAAUGGCUGGCCAGGCAGGCUGUGAUUGGCAUUUUCUUCGAACUUUUGUGAAUUAAACAUUCUCUGGAAGAUAGAACACCCCUAAAAACUAGAGAUGGCGGAAGAAAAAGUCUCGACGUAAUUCUUAGUUUAAAACUAAUCUUGUAGUAAAUACAUUUCAGCAUAAUAUACUUUGAAGUAACAAAAUUUCACGGAACCUAAAUUAUUCUUUUUGAGGGAAUUAAGUUUGGUGAAAAGUUAUUAAACUUGCGAAUCCCAAAAUUUAGUAUUUGCCGCGAAAUUUCGUUUCAUUUGAGAGCAACAACAACUUUGCCACCAGGGCUAUUCGCUUGUCAGAAGUGAUGACGAAUGAUAUAAAAGCGGUCGGCCCCGAUUAUAUUUGUUCUAUAAGUCUGGAAUAAUAUUUGACUGUCAUACAUAAGCCGGCCUUCCCCGAUUAUGUUCGUUCUAUAAUAAAUGAGAAAUAAUAUUACACUGUCGUAUAUAAACUGGCCUGCCCUGAUUAUAUGUCCCUUUUAUAAGUGCCAAAUAAUAUUUUUUGAGUAAUAAGCCGGCCUGUCCUGAUUAUGUUGCCCUGAUUAUGUAUUUUCUGCCCUGUUCUUAACCGGUGCAAGCUGCCGUACUUAAUCAGGCCAAUGUUCAUUAUCCGGGCAGAACAGUCCCUCACUUUCACUUUCGGAGCAGUCGUUCGCCGUGGUCGAAACGUGCGCAAUCAAAUUCAACAUGGCGCCUGCAAGCAGUGAAGAUGAUGACAUGGAAGACAAAGUUGUUCAUGAGAUUGACAUGUGUUUGGCAAAAGGCUUAGCAGAGAAGUUAUUUCUUUUUCAGUAUCCUGUGCGACCAGCAAGUAUGACAUAUGACCAAACAAAACAUCUGGCUGCUAGAAUGAAACCAACACAACAAAAGGUGGAACUUGAGCUGGGCAUGGAUAUUAGCUCCCCAACAUAUUACUUUACACGAGGAGAGCAAAUUGCACAUGCUGUUGACCGAUGUGACCAGGGUUCAAAUCAGAAACCAAUGUUCUCUGGUCAUGUUAUGGAUCGCCAUGUUCUUUCAUCGGUGUGUGCAACUGAAGACCAUCACAAAUAUGCUGCUGCAAUUUAUCGCAAGGGUGUUCUACACAUAACACCAGUCAAAGGGAUUGUACAGUUGCGUCCUGGAUUUCAUUAUUUUGACAAGGCUGAGGAAAACAACAAGAAAGCAGCAGAGGCUUUGAUAUCUGCUGAGCAAGAAAGUCAGAGUGAAGACGAGCAUGCAGAUGCAAAACCGAUACAGCUUCGUUUUGCCAAUAUGCAUCAAAAUAAACGAGCCAAAAAUGAUGCAGAUAAACAGAAAUUAAACAAAGCUGCCGCUGAGGAGAAGUGGAUUGAUAUGCAAUUUUUCCAGCCCGAUGAUCGAAGGGCACAGAUGGAAGAAAAUCUGCUAUAUUGUCACCAAGACGAUUUCGAAUCGCCUGAAUUUACAGUCACUUCCCGCGAUUAUUUGAAAAUUCUUGCACCUGUGGAAAAGGAAGAUGCCAGUUCUCCUGCUGAUCUCCCUCAUGGUGUUUUAUCCUUGUUAAAACUAAAGAACAUGGAACUCACUGAUCAAAUUAAAGCGCUGUUAAUAACAGCCAAAGUUUUGCAAUUCACACAACUAUGCACCCUGCUUGGUGGAGGUUUGGAUGAGAAUGUUGUUUUAAAAGGAUUGACUCAGUAUGCUCUGCUUGUGCAAGGCUGUUGGGUUGUUAAAAGCGAAGUUUUGUAUCCAAGAGAAAGUAAAAGUCAAGUCAGUGGACUAGCCGCAGAAAAGUUGUGGCCGUCUAGAGAUUACUUGAUGUUUUGUUUUAACCGAAAACGUGUCCUAUCAAGAAAAGAGGUUUCAUCGACGACAAGGCUUCCAACAGAAGAAAUGAGAGAGGUUCUCGAGCAGAUAGGUCGCCAAAGACCUGCACAAGGAUGGGAGUUCAUGUUGAACACAGAUGUUGACUUUGUACAGAAACAUCCUGACGUUUCUGCAAGUCAAUUUGUCGUGUGGAGAAACAAAUAUAAAACGCUAUGCACACAACUUCACAUUAACGACGAGUUCUCCUCCACAGGUGAAAUAAAAGACUCGGAUUUACCAGGCUUAUUUCCUCCGGUACACAGAAAGCCGAGCACUCCAAGGAGGCGUACUAGUAAUAUCGUGCCGCUUGAUGAGUCUCCUAAAGAAAGCGGGAAGAAAGUUCAAACGAAAAAAAAAUCUUCGAAUGAAACGGUCUCAGGAGUUCAGAUCAAAGAAGAGAAUAUUAGUCCCGUAAAACAAAUAGAAACCCAAGAACUUGACAUUAAACCGUCCGUGAGGGAGGGUAAAAUUGCAGAUGAAGAAAAACCAAGUGCGGCAAAUAUAAAGACUAAGCGGAAAUCGAAAGCCAUCAAGAAUAUUACUGAAGAGUUACUGGAGGCUGAUGAAAAGAAAAGCUAUGCACGUGAAGUUAAAGUGGCGAAAACUGAAAACUUACGUUCUGGCGGAGACGCUGAGAUCGUCAUUGAAGAUAUCGAAAAACCUUGUAAUGAAAUCGUAGUAGAUGUAGAAAGUCCCGUACGCAUGAAUACAAGUGAUAACCACACUGCGGAGGAGAUUUUUAUCCCUCCUGUAGCUGCGCGUGCAAGAAUUGUUGUGAAAGAAGAGAAACCACCUUCAGAUAUUUUUGUAAAAGAAUUGAAAAAGUUUUGCCGCGAUGCUAUUAGGGGUGGGGCGUUGUGUUUGAGUGAAAUCAAAGAGUUGUUGAGUCUUAGACAACAAGAGACUGGGAAUAUUCUUUGCACAGGCGUUACUGAUGACCUGCUGGUCCGGUGUAUUUUAGAGACAGGCGCUAUGGAAGUUCACACAAAAUGGGACGAAUCGCUGGAUAUACCCGAAGAAAGAAAACGUGUCUUCCUGUACAAAUCUAUGGGAGAAGCCAACGAUAAGUAUCGUGGCGUUGUUAUCGAUAUGUUCAACGAGUCGCUAUCGUUGAGACGCAAAGAUAUUUUUGAAAAGUUUACGAGUAAAUUAAACGAAAGUCCUUCGAAUCAUGGAUACUCCAAGCUUAUGACGGAAUUUUGUGAGAACCAUAACGGACAAUGGUACCUGAAUGGAACGUAUCAAACUCUGCAGAAGUUUCCACCUGGCUCGGAUUGAUAUGGUGUACUUUUAUAAUAAAAUAAUAAAAUUCAGCGUUACAA